UCCCUUUGUCCUCGUGGACUUUGGAAAUUGGAAUGAUAAAACAAAAUAUCUGAAAAUCUUUGCCUGAAUUUGAAGCCAAAUCGCGAACUGAUUUUUAAAACAAACCCCAAAACCCUUGCAUUCUCUCUGUUUUUGAGAUGAUGAACCCAUCUUUUUAAACCUCAAUUACUUCUUCGUAACUGCUUGAAAAUUCAAUAUCUGUUACUUUUUUUGUUGUUGUUUUCUUCUCUUUCUCAUUUACAGAGAAAGAGAAACCAAUAACCCCUAAAAAAAACCCAAAAAAGGUAAUCCUGAGACACUUGAGAGGUUUUGAUUGAUGGGUAUUGUUGCAAAUCUACGAGGAUCGAGAGCAGGCGCGACCCAAGAAGGAUUGCCCGUAUCGGAUGGUGCGUCUCAGGGUAACAAGAGGAGAUGGUCCAAUUUCGUGCCUUUAUAUGUAGCUCUAGUGGUACUAGCUGAGAUCGCUUUUCUGGGUAGGCUUGACAUGGCAAAUAAAGCAGCUUUCGUCGAUACCUUGGCUGACCUGUUUUACCGGUCGCCGCCUACGCCUGAAUUUGUCGUGGAGAAUGAUGAUUUGGCGAUGGUGGUGAUGAGUGGGGAACGGAAUACACAAUCAGAUAGUUGCGAGGAGUGGUUGGAGAAAGAGGAUGCCGUGGCAUACUCCAGGGAUUUUAAGACGGAUCCCAUCUGGGUUUCUGGUGGCGAGCAGGAAUGGAAGGAUUGUUCUGUUGGAUGCAAGUUUGGAUUUAUUUCUGGGAAGAAACCUGAUGCUAUAUUUGCUCUACAUAGAGCAGCUGGAACAGCUACUGUGGUCCGAUCAAUGGAAUCAUCCCACUUCUAUCCAGAGAAUAAUAUUGCUCAAGCACGACGGAUGGGAUAUAAUAUUGUCAUGACAACUAGUCUGUCAUCAGAUGUUCCCGUUGGAUACUUUUCGUGGUCUGAGUAUGAUAUAAUGGCACCAGUGCAGCCAAAGACAGAGAAAUCCCUGGCAGCUGCUUUCAUUUCAAAUUGUGGAGCUAGAAAUUUCCGUUUGGAAGCUCUUGAAGCACUAGAAAAAUCCAACAUCACAAUAGAUUCUUAUGGCAGUUGUCAUCGGAACCGUGAUGGAAGAGUUGACAAAGUACAAACUCUGAAGCGCUAUAAAUUUAGCUUGGCUUUUGAGAAUUCCAAUGAGGAUGACUACGUCACUGAAAAGUUUUUUCAAUCUCUUGUUGCGGGAACGAUCCCUAUUGUUGUUGGUGCUCCAAAUAUUCAAGAUUUUGCUCCAUAUCCUGGUUCCAUUCUACAUAUAAAACAGUUAGAAGAUGUCAAGCCAGUUGCUAAGACCAUGAGAUAUCUUGCAGAAAAUCCUGACGCAUACAAUCAGUCAUUAAGGUGGAAGUAUGAUGGUCCUUCAGAUUCUUUCAAGGCCUUGAUAGAUAUGGCAGCUGUACACUCAUCAUGUCGUCUUUGCAUUCACCUAGCAACUAUGAUCGAAGAGGAGGAGGAAAAGAGCAAAUUUAAGAAGCGACCCUGCAAGUGUACAAGAGGCUCAAAAACUGUGUAUCAUUUAUACGUAAGAGAAAGGGGGAGGUUCCAUAUGGAGUCCAUAUUCUUGAGGUCCGGAGAUCUGACCCUGACGGCCUUGGAAUCAGCUGUGCUUGAGAAGUUCAAGUCCAUGAAACACGUACCCAUUUGGAAGGAAGACCGACCCAAAAGCAUACGAGGAGGUGAUGAGCUUAAAGUUUACAGAAUACACCCUGCCGGCCUGACACAGAGGCAAGCUUUGUACGACUUUAGAUUCAAUGGGGAUGACGAUUUCAAACACCACAUUGAAAGCAACCCUUGCGCCAAGUUUGAAGUCAUAUUUGUUUAGACAUAAAUAUCAAUUCUGGUUUGCUUGCGCAAAGUUUGAGGUCAAGGUGUUUGCUUUUGUCUUGUCCCUCAUCCUUGUAACCUCCAUAUUUUACUCUGACAACGCAGUGCUAGAUUGUUAGGAAGAACGAUCAGGACAUGACUGGCCUUCUGUGAUACGGACAUUGUGACUGUUAUAUACAGGUUCUUCAGAAUACACUGCAUUUGAUGUAAUAUGAUUAUUCAAGUCUCAUUAUUGUAUGUUGAUCUGAAUUUAGAUCUUGCUUAUA